AUGGCGGGAACAUCUCUAUGGGACUACAUCUUCAUUCGCGCAUCCAUAUUUCUCUUACAUCUUAUCGCACCACUCAGCGUUGCUUAUUCAUUAGUCAACCUGCUAGCCCGCCUUCCAUUUCAGUUCCCGCGAGUACUACAGGCUUGGCUCGGUCUGGAGGCUCUUUUCUAUUUGGCUGUCUACCUACCGCUGAGCAAAUACCUCCAGAGGGCCGCAAAACAUCCCGUCCCGCCCUGCCGCGCCGAUCGUCGGAAGUUGUUCCUAAGAUGCCACCAGAAUAUUCCCGACCCGGCUCAGUACCUAAGAAAAUGGUUCCGGAAUGCGCCAGUUUCCGAGAUUAAGCGCGAUAAUGUCAAGGACUUCUUCCGGUGGGCAUUCUUGAACACAGGAGACCAUGACUCGACCUAUGACGAGGAAUUAGAAGAGUAUACCCAAGAGAUAGAGAAGCUGCUGGGAAAGAAGCUAGAGCCUGGCCGCGGAAACGCCAAAUGCCUCCGGUUGACUCUCGAGAAGGUAGAGAUGUUGCAUCGGAGCUUAACGUGGUAUCUAUGCGUGUUUGUUGUCGACACCAUAGCGUGUAUCUCUUUACGAUACCACUCGUUCAGCUUUCAUCGCACGACGUUUUCGCAGUUUUUCACCACCUUUCCCCUACGUCUUUUCACUCUGUUUGCGACCUGCACCUCCCAUGCAAACAGCCUUACUUACUGGCACCGUCCACAUACGUCCAAGACAAGGCUGCCUAUUCUAUUCAUUCACGGCAUCGGCGUGGGGCUUUACCCAUACAUAAACUUCUUAGCCGAUAUCAAUGCACAUGUUGCCGGGAAUUCUUUAGAUGGGCAGGUUGGCAUCAUCGCUAUAGAAAUUAUGUCGGUAAGCUCUAGGAUAACAUACGAGGCAAUGUUGAAAGACGAAAUGUGCGAUGAGGUUCGGCGCAUAUUGACCGCACAUGGGUGGGAGAAGUGUGUCUUGCUAUCUCAUUCAUACGGAAGCGUGGUUGCCACGCAACUCCUUCGUAGCCCGGAGAUCUCACAGCAUAUUGGCCCCGCAUUGUUUAUUGACCCCGUGUCUUUCCUACUUCAUCUACCCGACGUGGCCUAUAAUUUUAUAUGCAGACAGCCAAGUCAACCUAAUGAGUAUCUGCUUUCCUACUUUGGUUCCAAGGAUAUAGGCAUAGCUCAUACGCUAUUCCGCCGUUUCUUCUGGGCUGAUAACUUAUUGUGGAAGGAGGACAUUCGAGAUCAUCCCGUGACUGUAGUUUUGGCCGGCAGAGACAGUGUGAUCGACACGAAAGCAAUUCGGGCAUAUUUGCUGGGGUCAGACAAUUGGACCUUGGAAACUACGGACUUAAUGGGUCUCGGGCAGAGAGAUGAUAGAUUGGAUGUGAUCUGGUUUCAAGACUUGGAUCACGGCCAGGUCUUUGAUGAAAAGAGGACGAGAAGCAGUCUGGUUGGGAUUGUCUGGACGUUUUGCAAGAGGUAGCCGACACAAUUCGUUCUAAUCUACAGUGGUAGGUUGAAAUGAGGUUAUUGAAUAUGAUGAGCAAGUUCC